AUGGGGGCGAUAUUUAGCUGUAGAUCAAGCCAUUCUUCGCCCAAGGCCAAGGGCUUGUUCUACAGCUUCGUGGCUCGAGGAACGGGGCCGGGAGUGGUGGUGCUGGCGGAGUACUUGCCGGUCAAGGGCAAGUUCAGCAAGAUCGCCCUCGAGUGCGCGCAGAAGCUGGCGGCGAACAACCACAGCAUCACGUACACAUGCGAUCGGCAGGCCUUCCAUUUCCUGGUCGAGGACGGGAUCAUGUACCUGGUGGCGGGGGAGGAGAGCCUCGAGUACCUGGUGGUGGGGGAGGAGAGCCUCGGGCGGAUGAUCCCGUUCGCGUUCCUGGCCCUAGUGCAGAAUGAUUUCCGGGAAUAUUUACCGGGCGCGUUCGAGGCCAAUGCGCACAGCUUGGACGAGCGGUUCCGGCCGAUCAUGCAGGAUCACAUGUUCUUCUGCGUGGUGAACCCCGAGCAUCUCAAGGGCCUGGUGUCCAGGCUCCAAAAGCAGGUGGACGAGAAUGAGGGCAUCAUUAGGCUCAUCACUCGUUCAAGGCGAGUGUAA